AUGAAAGAAAGUCAAGAGCAUAAAGAACUCGAAAUUUCGGAAAGACAAGAAAUAUCAGAGGAAUUAAACACUAUUGCUGAUGCUAUGAAUGAUUAUUAUAGCCAUCUUUCGGCUAUAGAAAAUGUUAUACAAAAUUGGGAUCCUCUUAAAAAAGAUGCAUUGUUUACAUCAAAAGACGAAGAUUUAAAGACCAAUAAACUAAUUGAUACAAAAAACAACAAUUCUGAUAUCAGUAAAGAGAUUUAUAAGAACGGAUUUCAUACUUGGUAUGUAAAUUCUACAGAUCCAUGGAAUCGAGUGAUGUAUGAUGUAAUAGUAAAUCAAAUAAGGGAAAAUGAUUUAGCUAAAAAAGCUCUUCGAGCUUUUCAAAUUGUUUCAUUAUCCACACUAUCCUCUAUAAUUAUGGAAUCUAAUUCGUCACACACUAAUAUAAUUAGUAAGCAAGAAAAUUUUGUAAAGAAUACCAAACGCAAAGAGCGUAUUUUUAAUAAAAAUAAAGAUUCAUUGAUAGCAUCCUUAAACGCAUCUACGGUAGACAGCACGGACAUUAAUGAACCUAAUAUUAAUACAAUCUUUGAGAAAGUAUUAAAACCACGAUGGAUUUUGCAACCUAAUGAAAUUCAGAAAUUCAAGAUUCGAUAUCAACCUGAAGAAGUGGGAACUCACCGACAAACAUAUGCACUAUCCGUCCUUGAUGGCAAUGAAAUUACUUAUGAUAUCAACGUUUCGGUCGUCACUGAUGUCCCAAGAUUAGACAUGAACCCAAACACUAUUUUUUCAAAAAUCAAAGAAACAAAAGUAAACAAUAUAAUUGAUCCCACAUAUUUUUCUGAUGUUGAUAUCUUCGACUUCGGAUCAUUAUUGGUGUAUCAAAAGGAUAAAAGUGCUCAUCGUCGUGAAGCAAAAUUUAAGUUCUGCAAUGUAUCCAAAAUUGACGCAGAAGCUGGACAGUGUGAAUUGCUAAAAAUAUCAGCAGGUGUUACAAAGCUUGGUUCAUUUACUGAUAAGUUGUAUAUAUGUAUCACAGAUAAUCCGCAUAUUGAGAGUAUCGAGCUUCAAUGUAAUGGUUCGAAAUUGGACAUAGAGUUAGAGGAUAAACAAUUAUCUUUUGGUCACGUAUUCUUGCAUAGAAAAAACUGUCUUACUUCUUGUAUCCAAAAUAGAUCCCCAAUUGAAAUAUUUUGGCAAUUGGAGCCUAAUGAACCAUUAGAUCCUCAAAUCUCAAUUACACCGACUAAAGGAAUUAUCAAGACUUACAGUGAUAAAACAGUCGAAUUUUGUUAUCACGCCAACAAAGUAAAAGAUUAA